GUCAAUGUUAAGCCAUUGUCACCAAUUGUCACUUAAAUACAAAUAAAUAUCCGAAAAAUAUACUGGUUUUUAUCUUCGAAUCUCGGUAAGGUCAGCCAGUUUAUGAAAAUAAAGGACAUCGUAAAAGUGAUUUGUGUUUGCAGAUAUCUUGUUGGCUUUAAAUAGAAAAUGGAUAUCAAUUAUACAUAUAAUAAGCUUCGGAAGAACUAUGGAAGACAGCCAAUGUUUUGUGAAGCACCUGUACAACUACUGGACUCUAUUGAUCCUGAUGUCACCGAACAGAAAAAAUAUGGAUUGAGAAAUCCAGUGCACCAAUUAUCGCAAGCUUCAAAAAGUAUGUCAGAACACUACGUAAAUACUAAGAGAAUAGUUCUAACUGAUGGCGGUGCCAACCAUGCAGAAGGUGGAUGGCCAAAGGAAGUAAAUUUCUGGGACGAAGAAUUGACUUCACGAUAUAGACGUCGCAUCGAACGUGACGAUAAUUAUGUAGACGCAGUUUUGGGAAAGUUCUCUAGUUUUGAGCAUUUUGUGAAUCAAAACAACGCCAUAGAAAUGUAUGAAAUGUAUUUUGGGGAAAUGAAACGAGAAAAACCUUUGGAAAAGUCAUUGGUACGACUAACGAAUUUAUACAAAGAUCCUUACAGUCGUCCAGUGUCAUCUAUCUCAUGGACAGCAGAAGAUGAUACUAAAAUGGUUGUGGCUUAUUGUAAUCGCAAGUAUCCUAUAGUAGGACCAGUAAACAGUACUUUUUCAUGCUAUGUAUGGGAUUUGGAAAAUCCACAUUCUCCACUCCUAGAAUUUAUUCCUCCAACAGCUUUGUGGCAGCUCGUUUGCUCUCCAGUUACUCCUUCUGUUAUAAUAGGUGGGCUUAAUGAUGGCAGAGUAUGUGUUUUUGACAUCCGUGAUAGUCAAGCGCCGGUUUUAAUAAGCCCUAUGUACCUAGCCCACCGUGACCCUGUCACAUCCCUGAUAUACAUGCAGUCACGCGUUAAUACUGAAUUUUUCAGUGGUUCUACAGAUGGAAUGAUUAAAUGGUGGGAUAUAAGAGAUGUUAAUCAACCAACUGAUUCUUUGAUGAUGACUAUACGUGUUCCACCGGGAGAACCAGCGAGUCUUGCUUAUUCUGAAGGUUUAAGUGUACUACAAUUUGAGCGCACUAUUCCAACAAAGUUUUUAUGUGGGACUGAUACUGGUUUUGUUGUCAAUGUCAACAGAAAAGGAAAAACUCCUUCAGAAAUAAUGAGUGCUAUUUACUCUGCCCAUACAGGCCCCGUAAAAGCACUACACCGAAGUCCAUGUAUUAUGAAAAUGUUUAUUACAUGUGGUGACUGGACAAUUAAUAUAUGGAGUGAUGAUGUUCAUACAUCACCGAUAAUUACCGGUUCACCUCAACGUUACCAGCCGAAUGAUGUUGCUUGGGCCCCUCAAAGAUAUUCUUGUUUCAUGGCUGUUACUUCCAAUGGCAAUUUUCAAUAUUGGGAUUUAUUACGUAGAUAUCGCGAACCUAUAAUCACGUUGCCUCUAACAACAAGUUCGUUACAAAAACUCAAGCCUAAUGAAGAUGGACGUCUAAUUGCAAUUGGUGAUUCACAGGGCGUUUUAUAUCUUCUGUCUUUAUCAGAUAACUUAGUUCAGCCAGCAGAUAGAGAUAAGGGACUUCUGACGGCACUGUACGACCGUGAAACAAAAAGAGAACAUAUUUUAGAAACUCGUAUUAAAGAAAUCCUUUUGAAGAGAAAGACUGAAGAAGAAGGCGGCGCAGUGGUGGUAGAGGAUCAUGUUGAUGAAGACGCUUUAGCAAAAACUGCUGAAGAUGAAUAUAGAAAAACAGUCCAAGAAGAAAUACGUCGUACAGGAUACAGCGCUGCAAGUAGGGGUGGUACGGAUUCAAAAAUGCGAAAGCGAUAAACUUCUUCCAUUAUAGAUUUGACUUCGAAUAUAUUAAUAUUAUUUCGGGACACUUGUCGGUUUAUUGUUGAUUUAUAAUAAAAUGAUUGGAUUACAAGUUCA